AUGCAGAUAAAUUUGUCUAACAUAAACAUUUCAAGCGAUGGAAAAAAAGAGAGAGUAAAUAUCCAUAGCCAUAUAAAAGGACUCGGAGUAAAUACAAAUAUUUAUAUGCAUGAAGAGGAAGUAAAUUUAAGUGAUGAAAAAUAUUCCAUGUUUUUUGAUAAUACAUGUGGUUUGGUUGGUCAAUUUAAAGCUAGAGAAGCAGCAUUAUUUCUUGUCGACCUAAUAAAAAAUAAAAAGCUAGCUGGUAAAUGUAUAUUAUUAGCGGGUCCAAGUGGAAGCGGUAAAAGUGCAUUAGCAAUAGGUAUAAGUAGAGAAAUAAAUAAAAAAAUGCCAUUUGUUUUUUUAUCGGGUUCUGAAGUUUAUAGUAAUGAAAUAAAAAAAACAGAAGUUAUUUUAGAAGCAUUUAGAAAAAGUAUACAUAUAAAAAUCAAAGAAGAAAAAUUAGUAUAUGAAGGAGAAGUUGUUGAUAUGAUUGUUGAAGAAAAUGAAUGUUUAUAUUCUCAAAAUAAAGCAAAACAAAUUAAUGCUAUUAUAAUAACAUUAAAAACUGUUAAGGGUACCAAAUCAUUGAGAUUAGCACCUAAAAUACAUGAACAAAUUGUUAGAGAAAAAAUAAAAAUCGGUGAUGUUAUAUAUAUUGAAGUAAAUACAGGACAUGUAAAAAGAUUAGGUAGAUGUAAUACAUACUCUAAAGAAUAUGAUAUCGAAUUUGAUGAAUAUGUUUCAUUACCUAAAGGUGAUGUUCAUAAAAAAAAAGAAGUAGUUCAACAAAUUUCUUUACAUGAUAUAGAUUUGGCUAAUGCUAAUCCAACAGUUGGUGAAGAUUUAGCAUCUGUAUUAAAUUCAUAUUUACGACCUAAAAAAACUGAAAUAACUGAAAAAUUAAGAGUCGAAAUAAACAAAACAGUAAAUAAAUUUCUUGAAAUGGGAAUGGCAGAAAUUAUUCCAGGAGUCUUAUACAUAGAUGAAGCUCAUAUGCUAGAUAUUGAAUGUUUCUCUUAUUUAAAUAGAGCUAUCGAGUCUCCAUUAGCUCCUAUAGUUAUUAUGGCAACAAAUAGAGGUAUAUGUACUGUAAAAGGGACAGAUAAUAUUGAACCUCAUGGUAUACCAGUAGAUUUAUUAGAUAGACUAAUUAUUAUAAAAACAUUUCCAUAUACAUUAAAAGAAAUAGUGCAAAUAUUAGCAUUACGAGCACAUACAGAAAAAAUUAAUAUUAGUGAAGAUGGGAUGAAUUAUUUAGCAAAGAUUGGUAUUCAAUCAUCUUUACGAUUUGCUAUGCUAUUGCUAGAACCAUCUAGAAUUAUAGCUAGUUUAGAAGGACAAUCCAUUAUUGAUAUUAAACAUAUUGAACAGGCAGAUGAAUUAUUUAUGGAUGCUAAAACAUCAGCUCAUAGAGUAGCUGACCAAUCAAACAAAUUUGUUAAUUAA